AUGGCAGCCCACUCUGAGCCCAAAAUAUUGUACUCCCCGAAUUUUACUUCGCUCAAAGAAACCAACAAAGACGAAGACAUCAGCAAAAGAGCCGAUAACUUAUUCUCCGUCCAUUCCCCUCCGCCCCUCCACCGACCCCCGAGCUGCCCGUGGCAGCUCGCCUUCAAGACGUCGUCCUCAAAGAAGAGAAAGAUCUUGCGCAACGAAGCACCUCUAGACUCGAUUGAGUCGUCAUCGCCAUCUCCCGACUCGGUCCUGCCCUCCUGCGAAGUCGACGACGAUCCCGCCCUCUCCUUCUCCGCCUCCGUGGCCUCGCGCCCCGACACUCCCUCCUACCUCCGGGCUGACUCGCAACCCGCCUCGAGUCUUCCCCCGCGGCUUCAGCACCAGCCAAGCUCUCUCGUCUCGGCCGACUACGCUUCAUCAGCUGCCUCGAGCCCUUGUGCUUCCGCAUACGCCGACCUCUCCAUCGAAAGUGACCGUGGCGGCGACGAGACUGGCACGGCCCGAACCUUGGCCAGAAGCCAGUCUCCCUUGCGCCUCUCUCACCCUCAUACUCACCGGGUUAUCAUGAAUGGCGAUGCAGAUCUGCCCCACCGCUCCUCAUCACCUUUGAAACGACGAGCUUCCAGUAUGGAUCCCGAGAACGAAGCGGAUAAGACCCGCGAUGUCGACAUGGGUUCAACACAGGCCAACAAUUCUGCUCCUGUUGACGGCCCCUCCCAGCUAUCCAUAAGCACGCUGCCUCGAGCCAUGAGCGUUGAUACACCUGAGCCCACUGCCGUGUCGGCCAGCGAUGCCUCCCCUGCUCAGCGUAAGGCUCAUAAACCCAUCUUGCAGGGAACCGAAUCCGUAGCUAAUUCUGAUGUCACAGCGAUCCCUUCGCUGCAAGAGCAAGUUAAGAUUAUUGAAACUCUCUUAAAAGCAUACGAAGAAGCUGAAUUGAAGGAAGGAGACAAAGCGUAUCUUGUCUCUAACACCUGGGUCCAGAAAGCACUUUCAUUGCGUGGUGGUACCAAAGACGGUAAGGAUGACGUUUCUUCAUCGGAGCCUCUUGGUCCUGUAGACAACUCGGACAUUAUUGAAGAAAUCAUUAAGGAGCCCGGUGGCAAGGAAUUUAUUCGACUGAAGCAGGGAACCAACCAAAAUGAGUUCACACUUUUCCCCGAGGACGCAUGGAAGAUGGUCGUGGAAUGGUAUGGCAUCAAAGACGGCCAAGAGCCCAUCGUUCGCACUGCUAUCAAUACGGCCGAGAUUGGUCAAGAACCCAGUAUUAUGGUCGAGUUUCAUCCUCCAGUUUUUACUCUUCACCGCUUGUGGUCCACCAUUAGCCCAUUGCCUAUUGAGCAGGCCCUUAAAGCGGAAAACCCUCCUCCUUACAAGUUUGCCAGAAGUCGAAAGUACCAUGCUCAGACGUUCAUCAAAGAGAUCAAGACAGUCACCGGCGUACCGCUGGAUCGUAAAAUCCGGCUGUUCAUUGUGCCUCAAGUCCAGCAGGUCACCCCCCCCUUGGAUCCAUCUCGAGCUCUUACGCCACCGGAUUCUCCAGGUCGAACCGAAGCAGGAGAUGAUUCUACAAACACUUGGUCAAAACUCCUGCUUGAUACCGCUUCAUUCAGCCAAGUUAGCGAGCAAAGAAUCCAGUGUCCUUUGAAAGACAUGACUGGAGACGAGAAAUUCAAUGGUAGCUCAUGCUUAUCCAUAUACCACCUUGUCAUGGACACAACCCUUAUUAUUGAUGAGUCAAUCGAGGAUAGAUUCUGGGUCAGCAACUACACUGGGAAGACCCCGCCGAACGGACUAGCCAUUCCUACCAGAAGUGGCUUGGCCUCGUCCAACGCCAGCGGUCGAAGCAGCCCUGCCCCCGGUGGUUCGCUAACACGAGGCCGAAUGGGAAGGAAGUCUGGUCGCAGCUUGGGUGUUGUUGGUCUGCAAAAUCUCGGAAAUACCUGCUAUAUGAACUCUGCACUCCAAUGCGUUCGAAGUGUGGAGGAAUUGACCAAGUAUUUCCUCACUGGCGAGUACGCCGAUGAAGUUAAUAAGACCAACCCCCUUGGAUACAGCGGAAAGGUUGCCAUGACAUACGGAAAUCUCCUCAAGGACAUCUAUUCGGAAAGCCGGGGCUCGGUGACCCCACGGGACUUUAAGAAUACAAUUGGACGUUGCCGUUCAACUUUCUCUGGAUAUGGCCAACAGGACUCACAGGAAUUCCUUGGCUUUCUCUUGGAUGCUCUCCAAGAAGAUCUGAGCCGCGUAAAGAAGAAGCCUUAUAUCGAAAAGCCCGACUCUACCGACGACAUGAUCAACAAUCCCGAGGCUAUCAAGGCAAUGGCGGAUAAGGUGUGGGAUAUCACUCGACUCCGAGACGACUCUGUCAUUGCCGAUCUUUUCACCGGCUUGUACAAGUCAACGCUCAAGUGCCCUGAAUGUGGCAAGAUCAGCAUCACGUUUGAUCCUUUCAAUAACCUGACACUGCCAAUUCCCGUUGAGGAUGUAUGGAUGGCCAAGAUCAAGUUCUUACCCCUCAACGAUGUGCCUGUCAUUCUUGAGGUCGAAUUACCGAAACACAGCGCCAUUGAGCAACUCAAACAGUUCCUCUCGGUCCGAACAGGAGUACCAGCAGAACGCCUGAUAGGCGGAGAAGAGUAUAAGGAUCGCUUUUUCAAGCUUUAUGACAAUGACCUGGAUGUUAGUGAAGAGAUAGCCAAGAACGAUCUUGCUACCUUCCACGAGUUGGAAACUGUUCCUACCAACUGGCCGCACAAAACCAAGAAACUUCGCUCCAUGCUAGAUGUCGACACUCCCCUUGAGACUCAAAAUUGGAAUGACCCGCGUUACGAGCGAAUCGUAGUUCCAGUGUUUCAUCGAAUUCCAUCAAACUACGGUCGUGGUCGAGACGGCGUGGCUCCUCCGAGCUUCAUAUGCUUUACUAAGGAGGAAGCAUCGGAUAUUGAUCUAAUUCGACGCAAGGUUUUGGAAAAGGUUGCUACUUUUUCGACCUGGACCAAGCUAAGGGAUAGUCCGGAGGAGAACUCGGACAAUGCCGACGGAGAGGUGGUUACUUCUGCUUCGGACGCUGAUUCGUCUGGCGACAGCAAGGUUGUUGCCAAGUCAGUUGAAAGUGAAGAUGACAUUGUGGAUGUCCAUAUGAACGAUGAUAACAACACCCUACCUAACCAACCCCAGAUCUUGAAGCGAUUCAACACAAAUCGACCUAAGUACAUCAACCCAGAUAGUUUCCUGGACCCCGAGCUCCAAAACCUUUUUGAACUUUGCUAUUUCACAGACAAAUCUUGCUCUGGCCAUGUACCAACAGGCUGGUCCAGCGUUGAUCACCAUCAACUUUUGCCCAAAGUGUCAGAUCGCAUUCCCCAGUCAACACCUGAUGACGAAGAUGCCGCGAGCCGCGAUGAUGAAAGCAGUACACCUUCGGGCAAUGACGACGCAAGCAGCAACGAUGAGAGCACCAAGGUUGAAAUAACACAGACUCGAAUGGUAGACGAGUCCAGCGAGGAAGAGGCCCAAGAAGCACCGCGGAAAUUUAAUGGCCGCCCCUCCAAGGUUGGUCCCGCAGGACGACGCAAACUCAAGGGCCAGAAGUAUGGCAAGAAAGGUAACAAACGCCGUGAACGCAAUUUGCAGAACAAAAAGCACAAGGUUUCUUCUGUCAAGCCUCAGCCUCAGCCCCCUGCUGUUGCUGAUGGUGGUCCUCUCAUUCGCCUUGGUGAAGGCCUCGUCGUGGACUGGAACGAGGAUGCCUUUGACAAAGUCUUCGGUGGUUCUUCGACUACCCCCUCUAAUGAACAAGGAGUACCCACAUUUCUAUUGCUUGAUACUCUUAACGACACUGCCCUCAAGAUUGUACAAAGACGGAGGCAGCAUCGCCAUACACGCGGCAUUAGCCUGGAAGAGUGCUUGGAUGAGUUCGAGAGAGCCGAAGUCCUCUCCGAGCAAGAUAUGUGGUACUGCCCUCGCUGUAAAGAGCAUCGAAGAGCAAGCAAGAAAUUUGAUCUUUGGAAGUCGCCAGAUAUUCUUGUAGCUCACCUCAAACGAUUCAGCAGCUCCGGAUAUCGUCGUGACAAGCUCGACGUUAUGGUGGACUUCCCCAUUGAGGGUCUCGACCUUACCUCUAGAGUUAUUCAGAAAGAGGAUGGCAAGAAAGAGAUCUAUGAUUUGAUUGCUGUCGAUGAUCACUACGGUGGUCUUGGCGGAGGUCAUUACACUGCAUACGCCAAGAACUUUUGUGAUGGGCGUUGGUACAAUUAUAAUGAUUCAUCCGCUACUCCUGUUUCAGAUCCUUCAUCUUGUAUCACAUCGGCUGCAUAUCUACUCUUCUACCGCCGCCGCUCUAGCACCCCUUUGGGUGGAUCACGCUUCAGAACCAUUUCUGAGAAGUACAAGAAUAGCGCAGAUAAUUCAGAAGACGAAGAUUUUGAGGCGGGGGAAGGCCAGCGUCUCGCCGAGGGUUCCUCCCUGACUGGAUUGUCGAGCGCUGGGACCGGAGCCGCAGCAACUCACCGUCUGACCGAGCGUGGUUCGGAUAGAGUCACCGUUACCUCCCUGGCUGGCCCAGAUGACGAGGAUCUUCCCCCGUAUGAGACCGCCCCACGCAUUGAGAACCUUCGUGACAGCGUUGAGGACGAAGGCGUGGACGUCAAGGGGGGCUAUCAACCACUCGACCAUGGAAAGUCACUGAACUUGAUUCAGGGUUGGAACUUUGAAGGCCUGGCAGAUAGUGGCGCCGAGGAUUCUACAGGUGCGGACAUUGCGUCCGAUGAUGUCCAGCUGGACUCCUCAGCGGAUGAGCGUGGCUUCGGCCAGUUCGAUGACCCAGAUACUGUCAUGACAGGACACGAUCCCAUUGAGGACGAGUCUGAGCCUGCCACCCUUUCUGCGCCAACAUCCAUUGAUAUCAAACAGGCUACGUGGUCUCCUAAGGAAGUGAUCGAUGUGCCAGCUACAGCAGCGAUCGACCGUCACUCCAACGAAGUGGCCGAAAUCCAUCUUGAAACCGAGAAGGGAACCAAGGCCGAGUAG